AUGGGCAAGACCAAACAGUCUACCUCCCAGCCGGGGGCCAGCAAGUCAACCCAAAUCGCAGCAAAGCAGGACUCGCUGGAUCCCACUCUCGCGUCGCUGUUUGCCUCGAGCUCUGGACCAGUCAGAGUCCCCACAAGGGUCGUGCAUGCGUCAAAGUCUACCUCUAGCAAUCCCCAGCCUACUGAUGACGACGAAACCUCUUCGGGGAGCGACUCAUCGGAUGAUACUGGUUCUGAGUUAGAGGCAUCUGAAACAUCCCUGGGAGCCAAAGACGGAGCAGCAAUCGCCACUGCUGCCCUCGAGGCUAACGAGAGACCUCGCAAACGAAGACGCCUAGCCGAUGGGGACGACCUUGAAGCGUCGUAUUUCAAACGCCUAGAACGAGAAGAAGAGAAGGAACAGCAACGGUCCUCAGCCAAAAGGGAAGGGUCUAAUGCUCAGCUGAACUCUGACGAAGAUGAAGACGAAGAUGAAGACGGUGUAUCAACUUCCGGUAGUGAUGAAACCUCUGCCAGUCAACCCGCCGCAGAAGAUAUUCCACGACAUGAAGUCUUCGAGAAAAAGUUGACCGAUGAAGAGAGAUUGAAGAGAACAGUCUUUCUAGGGAAUGUGUCGACGGAAGCGAUCAAGUCCAAAUCGGCCAAAAAGACGCUCACCAAACAUCUACGAUCUGUGUUGAAGACGCCCGCAAAAGGGGACAGACUGGGAAAGCUUGAAUCUAUACGAUUUCGUUCGACAGCCUACGCCAGUGAUUCUGGACCGAAGAAAGCCACUUUUGCAAAGAAGGAACUGAUGGAUGAGACCACCACCAACACGAAUGCCUAUGCUGUGUUCACCACAGAAGCAGCCGCAGAGCACGUCGCUAACAAGCUAAAUGGCAGUGUUGUCCUAGAUCGACAUAUGCGAGCGGAUUACUUGGGCAAACCCGCAAAAACAGACCACAGGCGUUGUGUUUUCAUCGGAAACUUGAGUUUUGUCAGCAAAGAAACGGCUGGAGCAGACGACGAGGAUGAUGAUGGUUCGAAAAAGCGACGAGCUGCAGCAAAGCAGCCCGCUGAUCCCGAAGAGGGUCUGUGGCGAGUCUUUAGCAAGGUUGGGAAGGUUGAGAGCGUCCGAGUUGUGAGAGAUCAAGAGACACGCGUCAGCAAGGGCAUUGCGUAUGUUCAAUUCGAGAGCGAAAACAGUGUGGAAGGUGCUCUGCUCAUGAACGACAAAAAAUUUCCUCCUAUGUUGCCUCGAAUAUUACGAGUGAUGCGUGCCCGCCGGCCGCAGACCAAAUUACCUGCCGCCGGAUCUAAAGCGAGGUCAACAGCCAGAGGCCCGGCGAAGGGGCGGGGUCGUACAGAGAGCAAAGGAGGCUUUGUCUUCGAGGGUCACCGUGCGAGCAGUACAUCUAACGGCAACCCUGCCGGCUUCAAGAAAAGACACAAAAAGCGACCAACCACAAGAAGCAGCCGCCGAGGAGCAGCAUUCAAGGCUACAGGUGGGAGAAAGAGCAAACCCACGGGCAGUUCAUGA